AUGGCGCGGCUUCCGUCUCUCGGCUUGGCAGCUUCCGUGAUUCUCGUUCUCCUAUGCUGCUUCUCACAGGAACUAUCGGGCACGACCUGCCAUGCAGUCGCGCAUGCCAAAGCAAUCCUGGUUGGCGGCAAGAAGGGUUGGCCUGGAGUCAAGCAUUCGACCACACCAAUUCUCCAGAAUACCGACACACUGGUCUUCAACACCGUUGGGAAGGAUUGUGCCAAGAAGGGGAUGAAGCUGCAAAUAGGUGGAGGCUAG